AGAAUUGGUUUACAAAAAAAAAUAAAAAAAAUAAAGACAUUCUGGUUCUUGCAAGAAAUGGUAGAUGUAGUAUUUUGGUUUUGUCCGUUUUUGAUCAUUGAUUUCCUGUUUUGGACCAAGAGGAUCAAACUUCUAUUAUUCUAUACACAGUUUAUAAUUAUAUUUUACUUUUGUGGUUAGAUCUAGAGUAAGGUGGGCUAUUUGUCUCUGACACAAAAACACCUUAAAAACAGACAAAAAGAGAAGAUUUGCAGACCUCAACACAUACAUCUGACUCUCCCCAAACUCAGGGGUGUUCAAGAGUAUUCAAACAAGGUACAUAAAAAGAUUCUCACCCCCCGUUAAUUUUGCUUCUUCGAUGAGUACUAGAAUGUAAAAAAGAAAAAAAAAAAAAAAAAAAGCAACUGGUGAUUCUUAUUAUUCUCAGAAGCAAAGUGUGUUUUGUCAGAUGGAUGAGUUUCCAAGAGUAUUAUGUGGGUGGAGUUGGGAGGAGAACAAGUUGUUUGAGCUGGCUUUAGCAGUAGUUGAUGAAGAAGACCCAGAUCGCUGGGAAGUGGUUGCAGCCAUGGUUGGAGGGAAGAAAAGUGUGGAGGAUGUUAAGAAACAUUAUGUGAUCCUUCUGGAGGAUUUGCAGUUUAUAGAGUCUGGUAAAUUGGACCACAAACUUGGUGAAACUCAGCCUUGUAGUCAGGUUGACUGCACUCAGUCUGUGUGCUGGACCGACGAAGAUAACAACUUGCUGUUUCAAUUGAACGUAAAUUGAUCGCCAGAGCCAACAACAAUUCAUUAAAGCAGAUUGAUUUGUACGAAAGCUCAGGCCUAGUUAGCAUUUAAAGAAUGAACAAAGCUAAUGAAUUGGGUUUAACUGCAUCAAUUCUGGAGUUUUGUCAAUCGUUCGUUAAGUUUAAUCUAUCCCUACUUUGUAAACAGGAAGUUGUCAUGAAAUGUUAGAAUUGACCUUCCAAACUGUAAUUAAAUGGUUUUUGAACUUUUGAGUAGUAAUAUAUGUUAGUCUAUGGUUUCCCGUUUGGUUUGUUAGCUGAUUA